CUUUUUCCUAUCGAACGUUGUCGGAGGUAGACAGACGUUCGUGAUCUCUUCGCUUGGAGCACUCGCUUCUCUUCAUAUCGGGGGAAAUUUAUCGCUUAUUUUAUAAGAAAAUGAACGCUUUACUAAUGCUGUUUGCUAUGGCUGCCUUUGUGCCGGGUCAAAGGGAGGACUUUGACUGUCCUGAUAACUUCGGAUUCUAUCCUCACUACAGAAGCUGUGAUAAAUACUGGGCCUGCGAAAAUGGUACAGCAACUCUAAAAGUAUGCGGCAAUGGUCUGGUGUUCGACGAUGCCGAUCCUCUGAGAGAAAACUGCGCCUACCCAUUCAGCGUCAACUGCGGUGACAGGCCAGAUCUCGGUAAUUCCAUUUCCCGCCCUUGGCCUCGGUCUUUAUGAAUCUAACUCAACAAGCAUUGCCGAAUCUUCUAUUCUUGUUGGAACGGUGAAGCUUCCAGAUAUGAGUGCCCACCAGGCCUUGCCUACGAUGCUGAACAGAGGGUUUGCGUUUGGGCUGAUUUGGUAGAGAGGUGCGGACAGUUAGAAGUUGCUGAAGGAUUCGUUUGCCCCGACCCAUCUGAGGUUGAUCAAGCAGGUAUCUACAGUCGCCAUGCUCACCCCACUGAUUGCAGAAAAUUCUACGUAUGCAUCGAAGGAACAGCCAGACCCUAUGGAUGCAGUCUGGGAACUGUAUUCAAUGUCGACAGUCUCCAGUGUGACGAACCAGAAAAUGUUCCAGGAUGCGAGAACUACUACGGAGAUCUUGACGUGAAGGCACUGAAGAAAGCUCAAGGUUGAAAAGUCCUAAUGCCAACCUAGGGCUUCAAGAAACCCGACUUGUGUUUUCCAGUCAAAGUUCUUCGGACCAUCCAUCUUCUGUACAUUCCAUCUAAGCAAAAUACUUGCACCUUUCAUCAGAUUGUAAGACAUUCCUAAAUUGGAAAUACUUAAAUUCUACAUGCAUUUUAUGAGAUUUCCUCCUAUUCCUUUACGCGAGCGAGUCGACUUCAAUGCACCAGCUUGUGAAACAAUAUUAUUUAAGUUAUUAUUAUUUUUUUAUAAUGAAAUAUUAUUCUAUUAUUAUUAUUAUUAUUAUUAUUAUUAUUAUUAAUAUUUUUAUACCUGCGCAGCAAGAGCUUGCAAGAAAGUUUUGUGAUAGAAACAAAAUUUUGAGUUCAUGUUUUAAAGUUGUAUUUCAUUAUCUAAAAUUUCAAGCUUUGAUGUGACUUUACACCCUGGUUUCAUAACAAUGCCACUGCGCAGUUUUUAAACGUGCCAAUGCUAGCUUUUUUUUUCUAUUAUUAUUAUUAUUAUUCUCUAUUCGUAUUAUAUUAUCUACUUCCAGUCAGUCUCGGCGACUGAGAGUGGAUAAAAAAAUUUAAAUGUCUUAAUUUACUAAUGUGUGCUUUUUAUGAUACCUGAAUCAUUCAAAGUUUAUUUCUUUUCUCGGGAAGUAAACUGUGAUGAAUUAUGAAUGUAAGUGGUUCACAUUUUGUUUGAUGUAAAUAAAAAUUUCUAAAAAAAUA